AUGUGCGGCAAUGGACCAGAAGUCGAAGUCGACUCCUCGGUGGAGAGUGACUCUGCGUACAGUGGUGAUAUGUUGAGCUACGCCACUUCUAUCAGCAGCAGCGUCAAGCACUACCGCAACGAAUACGGCCGCCGCUUCCACGCAUAUAAAGAUGGUUCCUACAAUUUCCCAAACGAUGAAAAAGAGCAGGACCGAUUGGACAUGGUGCAUCAUUUGAACACGCUUGCACUGGGAGGAAAGCUCCAUCUAUGCCCGCUUCCCCGGCCUCCCCAGCGUGUACUCGACAUUGGAACAGGCACAGGAAUCUGGGCAAUUGAAGCAGGCGACACUUGGCCGUCAGCCACAAUCAUCGGCAACGACCUCUCUCCUAUCCAACCGGAAUGGCUCCCUCCAAAUGUGACUUUUGAGGUAGAUGACGUAGAAGCGGAAUGGCCGGACCGUCCCAAGUUCGAUUUCAUCCACUCGCGGUAUAUGGCGGGCUCGCUCGGCGACUGGCCGCAAUUGAUGUCGCGCUGUUUCGAGAACUUGGAGCCGGGCGGAUGGGUCGAAUUCCAGGACUACGAAUACCGCUACUAUUCAGAUGACGGUAGUCUCCCCGAAGACAGCCAGCUGAUCAAGAUGAGCGAGCUCAUGAUAGAAGGCUGCUCGAAGAUUGGCCGCAAUGUUUCACCGGGACCGUCGCUGUUACAGUGGGUCAAGGAUGCAGGCUUCGUAAACGUUGACCACCGGGUGGUAAAACUGCCGAUGGGAGCUUGGCCGAAAGAUCCCGUGUUGAAGCAGAUGGGCUCGUUCAAUAUGGUGCAAACCGUCGAGGGCUUGGAAGCAUACGAUCUUGCCAUAUUCACUCGCAUUCUCGGCUGGACCAAGGAGGAGGUGGAUGUCUUCAAUGCAAAGGUUCGCAAGGAGCUUGCGAAGAAGGGUGUCCACGCUUUGAUCAAUUUCUGGAUUGUGUGGGGACAGAAGCCGGAAGUGUCGUGA